UAGUGUUGCGCGAGACUUUGAUGUGUGCGGAGGCCACAGCUAUGCGAGAGGAGCUUCCAAAAGCUGCACGAAAAAUUAAUUAAAUUAAACAUUUAAAACGCAAAAUGUGAAGUGAAAGAUGCUACACUGAAUGUAAAUUAUUGUGAAUUCCAAAACUUCGUACGCACAAUCUGUUAUUUCUGUUAGUCGUGUGUUGAAGUACCUGUGAUCGUUAACAAUUGUUGUGAGGGUAUGUUCCUCACGCUUGAGGAAAGUACCUAAACAUGUGAUUUUUUUUUUGUAUGUGAUGACUGGAGGUUUGUUGGUGUGAAAAUUGAAUUAAAAAAAAGGAGAAAUAACACAUAACCUUGCUCGUAACAAACGGUCCUAUUACAUACCUCAAAAGCAGAACAUGCUCCAGCUGAGCCUGGUACCAAACCGUAGCACCCCAGGUGGUUAGUCAUCGUAACCGCACCUAAACAACGCACUGAUAAAACGCACAAACGGGGGGAAGCAAGUGUUUAGAUUAAACGAGAUAAGAUUGUGAGAGCCCAUCCCCCUAUACGAGAUGCAGCGUCAAGCUGUUUGGGUUCUUUUGUGCGCCCUUUUACUAGGUAGGCUUUGUGAACCAGAUGCAGGGUAACUACAAUCUACCGGAGGAGCUGAUUCGCUGCUACCGAGGCAAUGGAACCCUUCCAGGUCCUCCUCAUACACUGCCAUUUUUGCUGGAGCUGAUACGAAAGAUCGAACGGAACAAUCCUACCACGCUCGAUAUACGGUUACUUAGUGCAGAGCUGAUACACCGAUUGCGUGUCGAUGGCAUUGAAAAGGUACCGGGUGUUGCCGAAACGGAAUGGGUCACACCGUACAGCCCCCGGGGCAUAAUGGUGCCGAAGUAUGCGCUUCUCCGGCAGCUGGUGUCCAACGUUCCGGGGAGGAUCGAUUUUGACGCAUUCCUGACACCGUUUGAAAUCUGCAACCUGCACCGUAUGCUAAGCAGCUCGGUAGAACCAUACCAGCGGGACGACGAACGGGUCACCUGUCCACUUACACUCAUGAGUAGCGAUGGCAACGCGCAAGCACCUUGGAUCACGCAGAACAAAUCACAAAAGAGUAACUCCAAUCGGACCACGUUCGCUCGUCCCCUUUCCCGGUGCCCGCUGGAGCGUGGUACGUGCCACACGGCCGACUACGGUACGAUCGCGCCGGGUGCGGUGAUCAUGUCGAUCGCCGCCGGUCUGAUGCCCCAGAACGUACGCAUCAGCGAGUUUGUGACGGCGUAUCGGAAGAAAAAUCCGUACGAAAAUCUCGAAACCAUGGACAUGGCGGACACGCGCAAGCAGCUCGAGAAGCUGUUUGCAUCGCUAGAAUCGAUCGAUAACAUGUACGCCGCUGGGCUGGCGGGCGAUCUAGCGGAGGUGUGCCUUUACCAGGGUCCGGCUCUCGUGAAGGAUGUGGUCGUUGGGCUGGCGGGCAGUUGGAACGAUACGUACCUGCCCCGUGCUCGCUAUCUGGCGGAAACGCACGCAGGGCGGUGGGAAAUGACGGACAGUGAAAUACUGGCCGGUAUCGAUGGGUUCUUCUUGUCGCAGCAAACACCCCAGCUGUACAAACGCUUACGCCGGUUACGCCUUUCCCAGGUGCUGGAGAUGUACUACAGCGAUCGGGGCAUCCCGGUGACGGCCAUCGAAACCAUCUCCCAUCGGAGGCGUGUUGGGCUGGGGCAGGGAAGACCACGAACCGGAGGACUAAUGUCACAGUCGUCCAUGGGAAAAGAGCGUGAACAGAUGGAUGACGGUAGGGUUCGGUUUAGUGCAAAAGCCGUCGGCAGUACACGGUUUCAUGCGGUGUUUGAUGGGGAGCAGGAGCUGCAGGAAUCACCGACCCAGAAGCAAACGAUCGACGUGACACGUGCCUGCGAGAGGAAAGAUAUUCUCCGCUCGAUCGAGAAGGAUAAGCUGAGGCAGGAAACGUACAAGUUUGUGGAGCUGUUACAGUACACUACCGGCAGUGUGGUGGUGGAUGAGCGUCUGAUGCAGAGCAUCUGCAACGCCACGGUGGAUAGGUUUGUGGAGCAAGCGAAUCUGCUGCUGGACACGGUUACGGAGUGCCCUGCCGGGGCUGGAAGCGUUGUCUUCAAACCCAACGUUGAUCUGACGGUCGUGCUGGACGGAUCGCGAGAUGAGUAUCACAAUCUGCAGCUCAUAUCCUAUCUGGUAGAACUUAUCGAUGUCUCUAGCUAUGGUUCUUCCCUUUCCGUUGUACACGGUACUACCGGCGAGUACAUGGUGAACAGGACCAAUAGUAUAUCUUCAACCUUUGAGCAGCUUCUUCGCUUCGAAGGAUCAUUUCCCCGUCAGCUAUCCCUUUCGAGAAGCUUCGCCUCGAUCGUCAGUACGCUUGCGGCCCAGAUGGACCAAGAGCGGUCCCACUUUACGGUCGGCUCCAAUGCGCCCGUCGUGCUGGUGUUUGCCCAAUCGCAUCGGAUAGCGAACGCUGACUUCGAGAGUGCCCGCCGUAUGCUGCGUGGAUCAUUUGAGCAGUUUCCCGAUCUGUACUUUGCGUUUGUCACGAACGAUGGUGCCACCUUCCGGCAGUUAACAAACUUUACGGGCACUACACACAGCCGAUCGGCCGAUGAGCACUACCACAUCGUAGAAACUGGUCAUACGGCGAUCGCAACCUUCCACGAUCAGCUAGGCCAAAUAAUGCGCACCAUCCCACAGCGGCUAAUGGCACCAGAUUGCCACACCGCCAGCAACCGUGACUUGUGGCGUGCGCCGGUCGUGCGCGAAGAGUACGAACAGUAUCUUACGCCCGGCGUGGAACUGCGCUACCGGUUGGGGCAGCUGUUCCUGCGCAACAGUGAGCACGUGCGGGUACAGUUUAUGAACACCGAUUAUGGGGAGUUUACCGUGUGUGAAGGGCGCAACUAUCGGGUCGCACCGGAACACUGCCAAACGACGGGACCGGGCCUGGAAAGCCUGUGGUUCAAUCACACCCGCCCGUGCGAUGGCAUUAUGGAUCAUGCGUGCCGAUCGCUGUACUAUACGGUACGGUUGGAAAGCUCGAAUGUGAUGUGCAAUGAAAAUGAUUGCCGGUUUCCGGAUCAGGUGCGGUUCGUUAUACGGCACGAAGGGAUUAGAUGUAUGAGCGAUGGUAAUGGUGGGGAAAGGAUACGUUUCUUGCCUGCACUGUGGAUGGUCGUUUGCAUAGGCGGUAUACUAAGUUUAUUUACGUAAGGUGCUUCCUGCGAGGGGUGAUUAUGAAGAAGAAUGAAGAUUGUAGUAAAAAAUAAUAAAGAAA